AAGCACAAAAGCCAACAAGUCCAAAAGAGAUGAUAAAGUGGGGGAGGCCGGAGGGGCUCACAAGUCGUAACUGCAAGUCUUUUGCUUCAUUGGGUAAAGGAAGUUGCUCGGAAAAGACCUUUAGUUGAGAGACAGAGAGCCCCUCGAUUUGCUUACCCACCACUUCAUCUUCCCUCUUUUUCUCUCUCUAUAGGUUCAUCGGAGUUUGGGAGGGAGUGAGCGAGCUUGGAUACUGUGGAAAUGGCGGGAGCGGUGAAGAUCCAGGGGUACUUGAUGGGUCUGGUAAUGGUGUUAGUGAGCCUGGUGGGUCUGGGAGGGAAGUGGGUAGGAGCGCAGCACUUGCACCAUGUCGUCGGAGACGACCGCGGCUGGGAUCCCGUUUCCGACGUCGCGUCCUGGGCCUCCCGCAGAACCUUCAGGGUCGGCGACAAAAUCUGGUUCGCCUACUCUGCGGCACAGGGCAGCGUCGCAGAGUUGCAGAGCAGGGAGGAAUACGAGGCGUGCGAUCUAAGCAACCCCAUCAGAAUGUACACGGACGGCCUGGAUAGCGUCUCGCUCGAGGGGGAAGGGCCUCGCUUCUUCGCCAGCAGCAAGCCGGAGAACUGCAGGGGCGGCCUGAAGCUGCACGUCGAGGUGCUUCCUACCUCGCCCAAAAACGAAACCCAGAUCCCAGGCGUGGCGUCGUCGGAGGCCGCCGCCGUGGCGAAGUCGGAGGUCCGCGCCACCGCACCCACAACCCCUUCUGGCUCCACACGUCUCGCCGGAAUGGCUUAUCUCGUCGUCGUUGGGAUCGUGCUCUGCUUUGUUUGAUUUUUGGAAAAGGCAGAGUGGGAUGUCAUAUCCUGGAAUUUAAAUUAGACUAUUCUGGGAUUGAUUUUGCUCUUUUUUUUUUUUUUUUGGAAGGCUUUGUUUGUUUGUUUGUUUGAAUAUAUGUUCAGUUGUGUGGGCUUUUCCCCGUUUUGUUUGGUUGUUAGCUUAAAUGGUAAUUACUAGGAGUUACUAUUGCAUACUGUUUUUCCCAUUUUUCCAAGUUGUUGAACCUUGUAACUUGUUACGGAGUUUGUACUUCUUUAAAUAACCAAAUGUGUGAUAUCAAAUUUUGCUUCCAAA